AUGGUAAUGAAUUAAAUGGGAGGAUUUUGUAUUAAAAUAGAAGUUAUUUCAAAUUUGAAUGCAGGGAAUCGAUUCUCAAUGACUAACAAAAAAGAAGGUUUCAGCAUCGCAGAGGUCAGUUCUGCUCUCAAUGAAGAGGAUCGAACAGAUGUAGUAGUUAACGCUCUCAAGAGAAAGUGUUUAUCCCAGGUUGAGAAGCGUGUUGAGUAUCUCGAAGCGAUUCAGGCUGAACAUGAUGCAUUAGUGGAAGAGAGAGCUGCUUGUGAAGCCAAAUACCAAAAAUCGAUUCAAUCGUUGUACACAAAGCGGUAUAAAAUUGUGAAUGGUAUUACUGAAGUGGAAGGGGUAACAAAUGAAACUACUGCUGAGGCUGAAGAGAAAGGAGUGCCUUCAUUUUGGCUUAAUGCAAUGAAAAACAAUGAUUUCUUAGCUGAAGAGAUUACGGAGUGUGAUAAAGGUGCUCUAAAGUAUCUGAAAGAUAUCGAGUGGACCGGGAUGAAAUACCCAGAAGGAUUCAUGCUUAAAUUCUCUUUCGAAUCCAAUCCAUAUUUUUUAAACUCGGACUUGACAAAGACAUAUCUUACAGUUAAUUAUGAACCUAAGGAAGCAAUUGGGACCAAAAUUGAAUGGUUUCCGGAAAAAUGCCUGACACGGACAGUUUUCACGGACGAGCCCAAGAAAAGCUUCUUCAACUUCUUCAAACAGCCAGAAGUCCUUGAAUAUUCUAAAGACAUUGAUGAAGAAGUGAUUGAGCAACUUCAGUAUCAGUUGGAAUACGACUAUGCCAUUGGUGUAGCAAUAAGAGAUAAGAUCAUUCCAUGUGCUGUGUCAUGGUUUACUAAGGAGGAGGCUGCUCGGGGAAAGGAGUUUGGAGUCUUGGAUUCCUCUAAUAAGGAGGAUGAAGGAGAGGAAGAGACUAAGAUAAAAAAGAUCUUAAUCAUGGAGCAUCAUCAGCAAGAUCAGGUGGUUAGGAGCAACUCACAUUCGUUCUACCAACCAUAUAAUUGCUAUGAUGAGGAGGAUAUAUAUCACCCUGGUAAUGUUGAUUUAGAUCAGCCGAAGAGUCUAAACGAUGACUCCUUCCUUACAAGUCUCCCGGAUGAUUCAAUGUAUCAGUCGAUCAUGUCAGCAGAUUUAAUUGUUCCCGAUUUUACGGUUGAUCAUAAUCCCACUACUUGGAAUCAAGGCGUCGGGAAUCCAUUUGUUGAGAGCGGAGAAACGACAAAGACAAAACACAAAAUAAGUUAAAACUUUGAGAACAACUCCUUCAUCAAUGUGCUAGAAAUCCAGUAGUUUGAUGGAGUUAAUUAUUAUGUAGGUCUUAAAUGGUAAGAAUGUGCGUAAUCUAUUAGCAUUGUGUUAGGUCUCAAAUAUUUUGGAUACUUUUAAGUGUGCUUCUUAAAAAUGAAAAAUGGCGAGCCUUUUUCAAUACAUUAUGUGAUUCCACAUCAUUGAAU